UUUUAACUGAAAUACCGUAUCCUGUUCUAGGUAAUAACCAAACGAUAAUCAAAAUUUCAGCUGUUGGUUUAUGUAGAACAGAUUUAUAUGUGGCUAAUGGUAUUAUUCCUAUAUUUAAGCCAGUUGUGUUAGGUCAUGAAUGUUCUGGUACCAUCGUAAGAACAACAUCUGUUAAAUUCAAAGAAAACCAAUUAGUUUCAGUUAAUCCAUAUCAAGAUGGAAAGUUUAUGGGUGUUACUUUAAACGGAUGCUUAAGUGAAUUUAUAGUUGUUAAUAAUGAGUACAUUGUUUUGUCUAAACCAAACCUUACCUGUGAGCAAACAGCGUAUGUGGAACCAGUAGCAUCUGUAAUGGCCAUAUUAAAGGCUAAUUUAGAGAAAGAUUCAAAUGGAAUUAUUUAUGGUAAUAACAGAAUUGCUCAAUUGACACAUACAGUACUGAACACCUUUGGUUAUAAAAAUAUAAAAAUUAUUGGUGAUGAUGAUGAAGAUAGUCUACAUGACAAUUAUUAUGAUUUUAUUAUUGAAAGUCAGAUAGAUGAAAAGAUAUUUAAAAAGCUAAUUCAAAUUUUGAAACCAAACGGUCUGUUGAUUUUGAAGAGUAGAAAGUUUACACCCACAGAAAUAAUUAUUAAUGACCUUGUGCUAAAAGAUAUUAAUAUAAAAUGUUUAUCUUAUUAUAAUGAUUUUGAUCAAGCUAUGCAAUGGAUAUUAGAUAAUUCAUUAGAAGUUAAUAAAUUAAUUGGAAAAUCGUUCCAUAUUAGUGAUUUUAAAGAAGCGCUUAGUGAAGCAGUGAAAGGUGAGAGCAACAAAAUAUUUAUUCACUUUUAG